UAUGAAUUCAAGUUAGAGGCAACCAAGAAGUAGGAUAUUUGAUGUUGAUUCUUAAAGACCAUCUGAUAGAUCUAAUACUCCUACAAGAGCAUUAUCACCACUUUAACCCUCUUAACAUAUUUAACCCUAAUAAUAACAAUAAUAACAAUAAUAACCAUAACAACCAAUCCCAACAUUUUAACCUUAAAAAUUAAAGCAUAUUCUUUAUAAUGCAUAAUAAAGUACUCCAAUUGUCAGUUGCCAUUAUCAUCCAGACCAAUACAUUUAAAACUUUUGCAAAAAUCCGUAAACUUUUUUUAAAUUAUCAUAAUAGUGAUUGUCUAUUACCACUUUGUCCCAUGUGUGUUACUAUCCAUUAAGAUGACCAUUUGGGAUAAGACUAUGCUCCCCAUUUUGAUUUACUUAGUUAUUGUCUUGGUGAACAAUAUAAUAAAAUCGUUGACAUUUGUAAUCUAUUAGGAGAAGACAUUGAAGAUGUAGUAGAAUUAAAGAAUCUUGUUAAAAAUCAUAGAGAAGUUUAGAAAAAGAAAUUCUUAGAAGCAAAGGAAUAAUUCUAUAAGGCAAUAGAUACUUUUAUGUAAAAUCUAGAAAACAAUCUAAAUUCAUAAUCAAUCAAAUAAACUGAUUAAUUACUCAAUGAAAUUAAUUAAUUUCAUAGAUUAUCCUAUGAUAGAUGGAAUAAUAUGUAAGGAAGAUUAUAGAAAUUGAAUUCUGAGAAAUGUCUAAAAACUCUAAUAAAGUCUUAUAGAUAAAGCAGACCAGAAGAUGUCUAUUAACGUUAACAUGAAAUGACUAUUACAUUUGUAGAUUAAGUCAAAAAUGAAUUAGAUCAAGUAGAAAUUAGACCAUCUUAACUCUAAAUUAUUCUAGAUUAAUUACAAUCCUAUAUAUUCAUUACAAGAGAUCAAAUUAAACAGCCUAAAUAAGUAUCACCAAUCAAACCAUAAUAAUAAUAAUAAUAAUAACAAAUCAUUAGAAGAGUUGUACAUGAAAGACCAAAUAGUCAAUAAAAUCAUUAUAAUUCUAGCUCACCAAUUCCUACUAGAGUUCUUUAAGGAUUCCCUAUUCUCUAAAAAUUCAAUCCUAUAACAGCUAUUGAGACUAUGACUAUGCCUUAGUUACCACCACUUCCUUCAGGAUUUCCAUCAAUUAUGCCAUUCCAAAAUCAACAAUUCAAUUUCUAACCAUAAUAUGCUUAAUCAAUGAUGUUGCCAAACUAAUAGUUUCUUUCAUAACAAAUUCAUCCUAUGCCCUUCCCUUAAUAACAUCCUUAUCCAAAUCCCCCUUAAUUACUUAAAUAGCAGUAGUUAUAGCAACCUAUUCAACAAUUUAUCUAGCCAGCCUAAUAAUAAGCAGCACCCCCAGUUUAAUAAUAAAAUUAGCCUCUUGCUUAAAUCAAUCUUAAUCAAUAAGAGAAACCAGGGGAAGUUAUUGAUCUAAAAACAAAUAAAUAACCACUAAAAAUGGCAGAAUAAUUUCAUAAUCAAUUGUUCAAUUCUGGCGACUGA